AUGUCCCCUCAACCUUUCACCUGCUGGAAAAAGUUGUUUGCCUUGCUGUUGGUACUUGUGGCACAGCUGUCACACUCGUUCCAACCGAUAUCACCUACUGCACCACAACGCGUGGGGACGACAGCACGGUAUACAUUUAGUAGCAGCGAAGACUAUCCUGGUUUUACUCCUCCACAAGGCUACCAAGAAUUCCAAGAAUUCGACGAAGCUAUCGACGACGACAAUCGACUAUCCGAUGAAGAUCUCGAAGCCACCUUGACUCCCUGGGAUCCACUCAAACCGCAAUUCAAUACCGUCCACUUGACGGGUCGAAUUGGCAACGACCCGGAAGCACGGUAUUUGGACGAGGGCAAGGUCGUUGUCAAUUUAUCGUUGGCUUGCAGGCGAAAAUAUCAUUACAUGGAACGACAAUAUCUCAACAUCAAAUCGGGAGACGAAGAAACCGACUGGUACGGACUCGAGAUUUGGGGACUCACGGCAGAAUUUGUCGCCAAAUACGUCGAAAAAGGAAUGCGAGUGGGAGUCAUUGGCAGUUUGCAAGAAGACAAAUGGAUUGAUAAGGAGACACAGGAACCACGCAACAGAGUUAAAGUUGUUGUGAGAGAGUUUGAUAUUCUAGAAUCAAGAGCGGAAGGAGACCUAAGACGUCAACGAAGUGGCAGCAACAACUACGGCAAUAAUAAUCAAUACGGAAGUGGUGGUGGUGGUGGUGGACCUUCGUCUUCCUCUGCUGGCACUGGUGGAUUCUUUGAUAGUUAA